AAAAGUUAGCUUAGAUUCAAGUUUCAACGUCGGAGAAUUUCCUUUCUUUAUUCUUUUGAUCGCUAGUUUUCUUUCUUGGUCCUCUCUCUCUCUCUCUCUUCGGUGAAACACAACUUUGCUGUCAUGAAAGUUUAGCUAUGUUUACGAUAACACGAGUAGUUACUAUUGUUCUUAACAGCACCGCAGCAUAGAAAUAAACACGUUGACAAUUGAGGUUUGUUUGUUGAUUCUACCCAUUUUCCCAGGUCGAUUUUCACACGUGGGAAUUCUUCAACUCUAUCAAGCAGAUGAAUCCGAGUUGUUUUGAUGCCAACAACGAAGACACUGAAGUGGAACCUGCCGGUGUUUCUGGCAUUGAAGAUGACCCGGACGUGGUACCUCGUGUUGGAGACGAGUACCAGGCAGAACUUCCUCCAUUUGUGACACCACCUUAUCUUUCUCAGCUUGCAAAAAAGACAAGAGAUUCCGAAACCGAGCUCAAUAUGCCAGAAUCAUUUUUAGUAGGAUUACCACUUCCUCUUAUGUGGACACAUUGUGAAUCCGUAAGGAGUUGCGGUUAUAGGCCUUUAGAAUCUGUCACAAGUCGAAAGGGCCAUGUUUUUUGUGCAGGAAAAAAUGGAGGAGGGUUUUCAAAUUUUAAAUCCUCUUAUAGAAAUGGUGAGACAGAUAUUGACUCGUCGAGUGGCAAGUAUCUUCUUCCUGAAUUGCCGAAUGAUCAGUCUUGGACUGAUACUGAAUAUGACAGUUUUCUUCUUGGCCUCUAUGCAUUUGGGAAGAACCUUACUUUUUUGAAGAGAUUUGUUGGGACUAAGAGUAUGGGAGACAUAUUGUUUUUCUACUACAGUAAAUUUUUUAAGUCUAAAGGAUAUUCCCGAUGGUCAGGAUGCCGGAAGGCGAAAACUAAGCGAUGUAUAUUUGGCCAGAAAAUAUUCACCGGUUGGAGGCAACAAGAAUUGCUAUCAAGAUUAUUUUCCCGUGUGUCACAGGACUCUCAAGCUACUUUGGUUGAGAUUUCGAGAAAUUUUGGGGAGGGAAAGAUGCCAUUUGAAGAAUAUGUAUUUGCUUUAAAGAAUGCUGUUGGCAUCGACUUCCUUAUAGCUGCAGUAGGUAUCGGCAAAGGGAAACAUGACCUCACAGGCACUGCUCUUGAGCCACCAAAGACCAAUCACGUCUUUUCUGUUCGCCAUGAAGUACCAGCCGGCAAAGCUUGCUCCUCUCUAGCAUCUGCAGAUAUAAUCAAGAUUCUAACGGGGAAUUUUAGAUUAAGUAAAGCUCGAUCCAGUGAUCUCUUCUGGGAAGCUGUUUGGCCUCGUCUUUUAGCAAACGGUUGGCGUUCUGAAGAGCCAAAGGAUAGUUUUGUUUCUGGAACAAAACAAUCUUUGGUUUUUCUUGUGCCUGGUGUUAAGAAAUUUUCAAGAAGGAAACUGGCAAAAGGUAGCCAAUACUUCGAUUCUAUAAGUGAUGUACUGAAUAAAGUGGCAUCUGACCCUAGGCUUCUUGAGACUGAAAUUCUGGCAACUGAGAGUAGUGAAGAUAAGGAAAACACGCAAAACAAACAAGCCCUAGAUGGCGUGUCAAAUACACAUCAAUGUCCUUCGUUUCAAUCUCACAAUUCAAAUUGCAAACCGGAUCUCGUGAAAUUUACAAUUGUAGAUACCAGCAUGGUUCAUGAUACAGAUCAACGUAAAGUGAGACAGAUGAAAAGCCUACCUUUCCAACUUGCGAAUAUGUCUACCAUCUCAAGCUGCAGUUCUAGUGAUUCUGAGACAACUACAUCUGAAGACUUGGAAGAUCAGAUUGAGCAAGCUAAUGCUUCAAUACCUAUUGAAGAUCCGGUUGAACAAGCUAAUUCUUCCCACCAUGUUGAAGAUCGGGUUGAACAGGCUAAUUCAUCAUGCCGUGUUGAAGAUCAGGUUGAACAGGCUAAUUCAUCAUGCCGUGUUGAAGAUCGGGUUGAACAUGCUAAUUCUUCGCAUCAUGUUGAAGAUCAGGUUGAACAUGCUAGUUCUGUUGAAGAUCAGGUUGAACAUGCUAGUUCUGUCGAAGAUCAGGUUGAACAUCAGAUUGAGCAAUCUAAUGCUUCAAGUCCUAUUGAAGGUAAGGUUGGACAUGCUAAUUCUUCUUUCCAUGUUGAACAUGCUAAUUCCUACAUCCAUCCUAAAGAAAUUUCAGAUAAGGGGGUCUGCGUAGACUCAUCAGGUCAUACUCGUAAUCUAGAGACCCUCAACACUACUGAAGUAGAAGUAGAAAAUAAAAAAUGCCAUUCUGAUCUGCAUGAUGAUGAGCAUUCGAGGGAGAUCAAUGAGCAGCCAUUGGUUCAAAAGAUGACAUCUGAUGAUUGCACAAAAAAUCUUCCCUGCACCACAGAAAUGCAGCAGUUGAGAGCUUGUAACAACGGAGAGUCUAGCCUUAGUGCUGAUAAUACUUCUAUGGACAGAAAUUUUGAUUUAAAUGAGCCAUUUUCACCGUCAAAUCCACAUGAAGCAUAUGAGGGCUUGGAUUUGAAUGUAAGUUUAGAAACUCUGUCUUUCCCGAGUUAUCUGGCUAAAGGAAAUCCGAACGUGAACAAUGAAGGCAGCGUUAGUGAGAAUCACCAGGUUGGAGAAGUUUCAGAAAAAAAUUCUGAAAACAGGAUGUUGAUUGACUUGAAUUUUCCUCAAGCUGCACUUGACUUGAAUUUUCCUCAAGUUGCACCUGACUUAGCACUUGAAAUGGAAAUACAAUCCUCUAAGGCAAUACAGCAAAACGAUGACCUAUGUGCGCAUACACUGUCAUCUUCAUCUGAGACAAUCCAGUUCAAUGCGAUACAGGAGAUUCCUGAUUUAAAUAAGGAGCAGCAACCGAUCACUGUUAACCGCCGUCAAAGUACAAGGAACCGGCCGUUAACUACAAAGGCAUUGGAAGCUCUUGAGUACGGAUUUCUCAACUCAAAGAGGAAGAGGAAGAACACAGAAUCUUCAGACAUGAAUUCGAAGUCCCAAUGUGUACGUGCAAGUAACGAGACAAUUAUCAGUGCUACUUGUGAUGAUAGCAUUGGGAAUUCUUUGACUGAGACAAGUGCAAAGGAGGAGAAUGUUUUCAAGGAAUAUAGUUUCAUUGUUUAAAAAGUAUCCAUAAACAGUUGCUAUACGUGAAGUCCAAAGCCAUUAGUCUAUAUUGAUUUACUCUUUUUUUUCUUCAGUAUUUGACUGAUAGAAUAAUAAAAUAGCAUAAGAUUUGAUUCAUAUGAUUAUUGAUUUAAAGACGAAGGACCAUUGUUGACAAAAUUCUAAGAUGAAAUAAAUAGGAGUAAGACUAUAACGGUUUGUCAAGGACUGUAAUCCCCGCCAAUUGAUGUUGAAA